AUGCAGCCAUCUGAAAUGGUCAUGAACCCCAAACAAGUCUUCCUCUCGGUGCUGAUAUUUGGGGUAGCGGGGCUACUCCUGUUCAUGUAUUUGCAAGUCUGGAUUGAAGAGCAACAUACAGGGAGAGUGGAGAAGAAAAGAGAACAAAAAGCAACCUCAGGAUGGGAGCCAGUAAAUUACCUGCAACCUAUACCCAGAAUCAUGACUAGAGAACAAAUCCGGGGACAUAUUACCAACCAGAACCUCAAGUUCCACAUCACUGAGGAUCCCAAGGGAAAAAAGGAAAAUCUUCUGCUCAACUCUGAGAGGCCAAUGAGGGUCUUCACAAAGACCAGCCACUCACAAGGAGAGGAUCGAGUUUUGGGGAAGACCACAGGGCCACCAACAAUUAAGCUGAUUGCAAAACAUCAAGGAACUAGGACUGUUUUCAAGAAGUUCAGUGAAAUAAAGUGGCCAUUGGACAUACACCCUUUAAAUAAAAGUUUAAUCAAAGACAACAAAUGGAAGGAAACGGAUGUGGCCCAAGAGAAACGCAGGUCUUUCCUUCAGGAGUCUUGCAAAAAAUAUGGCGGGGUGAGUCGUCCUCAAUCACAUCUUUUUCAUAUGGUAUCCAGGAUCUAUGUGGAAGAUAAACACAAAAUCUUAUAUUGUGAAGUACCCAAGGCUGGCUGCUCCAACUGGAAGAGAAUUCUGAUGGUGCUAAGUGGGUUGGCUUCCUCUGCGUACAACAUCUCCCAUGAUGCUGUUCACUACGGGAAGCAUUUGAAAAAACUAGAUAGCUUUGACUUAAAAGGGAUAUAUACUCGUUUGAAUACCUACACCAAAGCUGUUUUUGUUCGUGAUCCCAUGGAAAGAUUAGUGUCAGCAUUUAGGGACAAAUUUGAACACCCCAAUAGCUAUUACCAUCCAGUAUUUGGGAAGGCAAUUAUAAAGAAAUAUCGGCCAAAUGCCUGUGAAGAAGCAUUAAAUAAUGGAUCUGGGGUCAAAUUCAAAGAGUUCGUGCACUAUUUGCUGGAUUCCCACCGUCCAGUAGGAAUGGACAUUCACUGGGAAAAGGUCAGCAAACUCUGCUAUCCGUGUUUAAUCAACUAUGAUUUUGUAGGGAAAUUCGAAACUUUGGAAGAAGAUGCCAAUUACUUUUUGCAGCUGAUUGGUGCUCCAAAAGAGCUGAAAUUUCCAAACUUUAAGGAUAGGCACUCUUCUGAUGAAAGAACCAAUGCUCAGGUCGUGAGACAAUAUUUAAAGGAUCUGACUCGAACUGAGAGACAAUUAAUCUAUGACUUUUAUGACUUGGACUAUUUGAUGUUUAAUUAUACAACUCCAUUUUUGUAG